CACAACUAGACAGAAAUAGGCAUAUAAAUUUAGGAACUUAGAUUGCUUUGUUUGUGGCUCUUUUAUAGGUAACUAGAGAGAUAUGGGGAGAGGGAAAGUAGAGUUGAAGAGAAUAGAGAACACAACAAGCAGGCAAGUCACCUUCUCCAAGAGAAGAAAUGGACUUCUCAAGAAAGCUUUUGAGCUUUCUAUCCUCUGUGAAGCAGAAGUUGCUCUUGUUGUCUUCUCCCCUUCUGGAAAAGCCUUUCAGUUUGCUAGUCAUGACAUCGAUAGGACUAUUGCCAGAUACCGAAGUGUAGCAGGGUUGCCCGAAUCAUCGUCAUGUAGUCAGCGUUCUAGAACUGCAGAGUUUUGGAGGACAGAAAUCGAUGAAAUGAAGAAAUUAGCAGACAUGUUGGAAGCAAGAAACAAGCAUAUCUGUGGAGAAGAUUUACCAUUGUUGGACAUGAAAGAUUUGAAGCAACUUGAACGACAAAUUAAGACUGGUGUUGAACGUGUCCGCUCCCGAAAGAGGCGUUUACUCGCAGAGCACAUCAAUAUGUUGAAGCGAAAGCAAAAAGCUCUGCAAGAUGAGAAUGCUUGUUUACAAAAACGAUUAAACGAGAUCAACGUAAGUUCAAGGACUUCAAAGGAAGGAGAUAGAUGCAGUUCUACUACAAGUUGAAUGCAUUCAUAGGUCGUAUCAUCGAAAGAGCUAAAGCGGCGCACAAAUUUUAAAAGAAGAAAUAAAUGGAUGUAAGCAGUGUAUUUCUCAAUUUCCAGCUCUCAUUUAGGAAUGAUGAAGACAUAUCUAUAUAAACUAGACAUACCUAUAUAAACUACUACUUAUAGGAGAUUAUAAUUAGAGAUUACUUUUGGUUAGUGUGCAUUACAUAUGAAGUUGUAACCGUGGUUGUGGGACACUUAGACCACUUGUAAUCACUUGUUCCUACAUAUAUAUUAUAUUAAGUAGAAUUUUUCUAAAGAGAACGCGUUGGACGUGUUAUAAAGUUUUAUAUUAUUAGAGCAAUCUCUAUCCCUAUUUUCAGAUUAAGGGUGAUAUUUAUUUUUAUCUCAUUCAUGUGAUAUAUGUAAUUAUAAUUAAUAUGUAUGCAUGGUUAUUCAUUGUUAAUGAGCUAUAAUAUAAGUCGGAAAAAAUGAGUUUGAAUCUGAA